CUUACUACUUCCUCUUGAUCUGGGGCUCAGAGAGAUUACGCCCGCUCAAAUUUCAUCACUUUCUCAGAUCUGAUAGUCACUCGUACCGUCCGGUGAAAGGUCCAAUCCAAAACCUCGGACUUGCCAGAGCCAGAGAAACCCUUGUGCUCACACUCGUCCUCGCAAGCAUGUCGACCGUCUUCUACCGAUGGGGUGCUAGCAAGGAUGAAUCCCGAGUCACUUUCGACGGGACUCACAUCUCCGUCUUUGACCUCAAGAGGGAGAUCAUACUUGCUAAUCGAAUGGGCAAUGGAAAAGAUUUCGAUAUAGGAGUAUACGAUAAUGUCACUGGCGAAGAGUUCAAAGAUGACAAUCAUCAAAUCCCGCGAUCCUCAUCUCUCAUUGCGAGGCGUUUACCGUCUUCCGCCAAAGGCAGAGGGAAUGCACAGAAUUAUAUUGUCGGAACGGCCCUAGGGGAAUCCCUCACUGGCGAUCACCGGAUCGAAGCGCAUGCUCGGGAUGCCAUGCUAGCGAAGCAGAACAAGGGCGUGAGGGGGACUUCGGGAAUGUACGGAAGUAUGAGCAAACGAUUCGACGGGAAGGAUGAUAAAGGGACACCUGCACCUGCUGUCAAUGUUACUACGGGGGACGCAGAGGAAGAUGCGAGAAUCAAGGCAAUGUUUCAACAGCAAGAGGAUGCCUGGGAGCAGGAUCUCGAUGACAUGUCACAACAACCCCGUGCAGCCGCUCAAUUCAGACAACGCCAACGGCCAAACGCAACUGCUUCGAGCUCAAAAUUUGAUUAUAGCUUGCCACCAGACAAGGAGCCCCCACCGGGAUACAUAUGUUACAGAUGUGGACAAAAAGGCCAUUGGAUCCAAAACUGUCCUGAGAAUGACAAUCCCGAAGCUCAAGACCGCAAGCGGUUUACUCGAGUCACAGGUAUUCCCCGGAGUCUAUUACGUACGGUCGACACGCCGCUUGGUGGCGAAGGAUCAUCCGGAGGCGCCAUGUUGACUGCCGAUGGAGGUUUCGUCAAGGCCAUACCCGAUGCCCGUCUAUGGCAGAGACAAACCGCUCAAAAGCCCCGAGCUCUCAACAGUCAAGACGUUCGAGAUCAACAACCGCUGGACGAGUCACUCACUUGCCAAAUAUGCAAAAAGCUCGUCUGGGAAGCUGUCCGGGCACCAUGCUGCGACAAUGCAUUCUGUGAAGAGUGCAUCACGACGUAUCUGCUGGAUCAUUCUUUCGAGUGCCCGGCGUGCGAGAGCAAGAUUGCAAGUCUGGACAAGUUGCGUGCGGAUCCAGAGCUUAGAGAGAGAGUGCGUGGGUAUGUGGACGGCGAGAUUGAAAGGAGUAAGAAGGAGGAGCGGGAGAGUCGAGAGCAGGAUGGGGAGGAGGAUGGUGAAGAGGACGGAGAAGAGGGAGCUAUCACCUCUAAGGACGGCGCUGGCACCCGCGGAGACGUCGCCCCUGCCGAGCCUAUAGCUCCGACACCCAUGUUCGAUCCUGUCCGGAUGCAGGAAAUGCUCAAUCCCGCGGUCAUGCAAAAGUACACCGGCGAGGUCAACAAGAUGAUGAUCAACCCAAAACUUACUCCACAAGCACGGAUGCUACUCCAAGCUCAACUGAACGCAGUCAAGACGACCGUUAUGCAAAUGCAAUUGAUGGGAAUGGUGCCGAAUCCCGUCGGAACGAGCAACGGUAUGAACAUGGGCAACGGCAUGAACAUGGGCAACGGCAUGAAUAUGGGCAACGGCAUGGACGGCAUGAUGAAUCCCAUGAUGGGCAUGGACAUGAAUAUGGGUAUUGGUAUGGGCAUGUCAAUGGGAAUGGGAAUGAACGACAUGAACAUGAACAUGGCUAUGAACGGUAUGAACGGUCCGAUGGGCGGAAUGAACCCUCCAAUGGGAUUCAACAACCAGGGUAUGCCGUUCAGAGGACGUGGUGGUGGUGGUGGUGGUGGUGGAGGGUUCAGAGGGAGAGGCAGAGGGCAAGGCUUUCGUGGAGGUUUCAGUGGAGGGAUGAAGAGACCUGCGGAUGAUGCGGGCAUGGAAGGGAUGGGAGGAAUGGACAAGAUGCAGAGGGUGGGUUGAUGAGAAUCUUUGUACAUGAGUUGGUAUUUCAGCACAGCAUCAGCUUGUAUCUUUGUUGCAGAUGACCAACACGGAC